AUGAAGCCUCUGUUUGCUUUUUCUGGUUGGGGGUGCCGCGGGAAGGGUGUUCUUGAGGCCAUCGGAAGCCACACGGCACUCGCCCUGGUGGAGGCGGGCUGCAGUGUCACCAUCAUCGACAACCUCAGCAACUCCUUCCUGGUUGCUUUUGACAGAAUGAAAGAGCUGGCGGGCGACAAGGCGUCAAUGUUGCGAUUUGAACAGGUCGACCUGAGGGACAAAGGAGCUCUGAAUAGUGUGUUGUCAUCUGAAAAGUAUGAUGCUGUCGUCCAUUUUGCUGCAUUGAAGGCAGUGGGGGAAAGCAUGGAGAAGCCACUGGAGUAUUAUGAGAACAACGUUGGCGGUACAACAAAUUUGCUGCAAGCUAUGGCCAGCAAUGGGUGCAAAACGAUGGUAUUCUCAAGCUCCUGCACUGUGUAUGGCAACCCCAGCCCUGAUGAGGUGCCCCUGAAGGAGGAUCACUCCAGGCAGGCAAUCAGUGUGUAUGGCCGCACAAAGCUCAUCAUCGAAGAGAUGAUGGAGGAUGUGGCGAAAGCUGAUAGCGAAUGGAAGAUCAUCCUGCUGCGGUACUUCAACCCGAUCGGGGCGCACCCCACAGGGAGGAUAGGAGAGCAUCCGAUCGGUGUCCCGCUGAAUUUGAUGCCAUACAUCCAACAGGUCGCCGUGGGGAUCCGACCAGAGCUGAAGGUGUUUGGAGACGACUACCCGACGCGCGACGGGACGUGCAUCCGCGACUACAUCCACGUCAUGGACUUGGCGGAGGGCCACGUGGCGGCCCUCAACAAAAUCAGGUCCGAGCCCAGCUACGGCUGCCAGCCCGUCAACCUGGGCACCGGCACGGGGACCACGGUGCUGGAGAUGAUCACCGCGUUCGAGGAGGCCAGCGGCAUCAAGAUACCUUACACCGUGGUGGGCAGGCGGGCGGGGGACACGGUCGCCGUGUGGGCGGCCACGGGCAGGGCGGAGAGCGAGCUGGGCUGGAAGACCAAGCUCAACGUGUCGGACAUGUGCCGAGACCAGUGGAACUGGGCCAAGAACAAUCCGCAUGGAUACGAGACCUGA